UUUUGUUUGGAAAUCGGGACGCGAAGUGGGGCGAGCCGUGCUGGGGCCGCCGUGGCCGCUAUGUUAUCUGCUGGUUCCAAGCGCGAAAACAUGGCUCAAAUGGAGGGAUACAUUCCGGACAGGGUGAAAAACGCUGAGAAACGUCUCGAACAAAAUGUCUACGACGUGGAAGCCUGGAGCAUUUUGCUUAGGGACUCGCAGAACAAGAAGAUCGAGGAGGCUCGGCCGCUCUACGAGAAGAUAGUGACGCAGUUCCCCAAUGCCGGCCGCUACUGGAAGAUUUACAUUGAACACGAGAUGAAGUCAAGAAAUUUCGAGAGAGUUGAAAAGCUGUUCCAGCGUUGCCUCAUGAAGGUCCUCAACAUCGACUUGUGGAGGUGCUACCUGACAUACGUCAAGGAGACCAAGGGAUCUUUGCCAACCUACAGGGAGAAGAUGGCGCAGGCAUACGACUUUGCGCUCGACAAGAUGGGCAUGGACAUUCUCUCGUACCCCAUCUGGAGUGACUACAUCAACUUCCUUAAGAGCGUGGAGGCAGUGGGGUCGUACGCGAAUCAGCGCAUAACCGCCGUACGCAAGGUCUACCAGCGAGGCAUCAUCAAUCCCAUGAUGAACAUCGAGCAACUAUGGAAGGAGUACAUCAACUACGAACAGGGCAUCAACAUGCUCAUUGCGGAGAAGAUGAUCUCCGACCGCAGUCGAGAGUACAUGAAUGCGCGGCGCGUUGCCAAGGAGUACGAGGCAGUCACCCGGGGCCUGAACAAGAACUCGCCAUCUGUGCCACCACAGGGGACACCUGAAGAAGCGAAGCAGGUGGAGCUGUGGAAAAAAUACAUUGCUUGGGAGAAGAGCAAUCCCCUCAGGACAGAUGACCACGCCCUCAUCACAAAACGAGUGAUGUUUGCGUACGAACAGUGCCUGCUGUGCCUGGGCCACCACCCGGACGUGUGGUACGAGGCGGCCCUGUUCCUCGAGCAGUCCAGCAAGCUGCUCACCGACAAGGGAGACCUGAACGCCGGCAAGCUGUUCUCGGACGAGGCGGCCGCCAUCUACGAGCGCGCAACCACCACGCCGCGCAAGAACACCCUCCUCUACUUUGCCUAUGCCGACUUUGAAGAGAGCCGAAUGAAGCACGACAAGGUUCAUCAAGUGUACAACAAGUUCAUCGAAAUCCCGGACAUUGACCCAACGCUGGCAUACAUCCAGUACAUGAAGUUUGCGAGGAGGGCUGAGGGCAUCAAGACGGCACGAAUUGUGUUCAAGAAGGCACGGGAGGACGCUCGCAGCGGCCACCAGGUGUACGUGGCCGCUGCACUCAUGGAGUACUACUGCAGCAAGGAGAAGACCGUGGCCUUCAAGAUCUUUGAACUGGGCCUCAAGAAGUACGGUGACAACUCAGACUACAUCAUGGCCUACGUAGACUACCUCUCACAUCUGAAUGGUGAAGGACAAUACACCAGGGUGCUGUUCGAAAGGGUGCUCACGUCGGGAUCGCUGCCACCGGAAAAGUCGGUAGAGAUUUGGAAUCGGUUCCUGGAAUUUGAGUCCAACAUCGGUGACCUCUCGAGCAUUCUCAAGGUUGAGAAGCGAAGAGCUGCUGCCAUUGAAAAGCUCAAGGAGUUUGAGGGCAAGGAGACAGCGCUGCUGGUGGACCGGUACCGGUUUAUGGACCUCUACCCCUGCAGUCCUCAGGAACUGAAGUCUCUGGGAUACAGGCGGAGGUGCGUGAGGAGAGUGGCGGAUCAGCAGAACACUCGUGUACCCCGCCCUGACACGGGACAGAUGAUCUUCAAGCCCAAGCAGAUCUGCCCAACUGGUGCGCACAUUGUUCCCGGCGGCGUGUUCCCACCUCCACCGGCAGCGUCUGAACUGAUGAUGAGGCUGCCACCACCUCAUUGUUUCAUGGGUCCCUUUGCAGCUGUUGACGAGUUGAUGGAGGUCUUCCGGACCAUGAACCUCCCUGAGAAACACGUGUAG